GCUGUACCCUCUUUUGGGUCACCCAAAAUCCCACCAAGAGUCCCCAGACAUGCUUCCGUAGCAAUUUUUGGCUCAGGUAAUUUGGGCUCUUGUUGCCAGGCCCAGAAUCGUAGGGAACCGAGGGUCUCGAACCCAUCUGGACCAUGGCGCCCCAGCGCACAGUUUCCGUUGUCGGCGCCAUGGCGGCUUUGGCCAUGCGCAUCGGGAGCACCAUGGCAGCAGAUGGCACCGGUGACCGCGGGGGCUUCUGCUGCUGGGCCGCAGACGACCUCACGGACUUCUGCGGCACCUGCCUGCCGAUGGCCAUCGCUGGGCCCACGAGCUACUGCAGCAAGUCCCAGGCCGCGUGCGGCUCGUGCGGGUCGGCGACCUGGUGCGAGGAGAGCGCGGAGAGCCGCGAGCAGGCUGGUGCCGGCACCGAGCUGGUCCUCGGCUUCGAGGGCACGCAGGCGCUCGCCGAGGGCUCCGUCGUCGGCCUGCGCGUGGGCGGCAAGACCUACAAUGUCACCGUGGUGGACUCCAGCUUCGAGGCGUUCCCGACGCCGGCUCCCACGCCAGCUCCGACGGCCGCGGCACCCGCGCCGGCGCCCGCGCAGGCACCGGCCGCGGGCGCCGUGGUGCCGAACGUGGAGGCCGUGAGGCAGCACGGCAGGCUGCGCGUCCAGGGCAGCAGGAUCGUCGGGGAGCACGGCCUGCCCGUGCGCCUGCGCGGCGUGUCCAUGUUCUGGUCGCAGUGGAUGGGCCAGUACUGGAACCCCGACACCAUCAGGUGGCUCAAGGAGGAUUGGCACGUGUCCUUUGUCCGCGCCGCCAUGGGCGUGGAGCAGGGGGGCUACCUGGAGAACCCCGGCGCGGAGAAGGCGAAGCUGCAGGCCGUGGUGGACGCCUGCAUCGACGCGGGCAUCUACGUGGUGAUCGACUGGCACGCCUACCACGGCGAGGACCACGUCGAGGAGGCGAAGGCCUUCUUCGGCGAGAUGGCCCAGAAGUACGGCGACAAGCCCCACGUGAUGUUCGAGACGUAUAACGAGCCUCAGCAGGUCGACUGGUCGGGCGUCAUCAAGCCCUACCACGAGCAGGUCGUCCCCGUGAUCCGAGAAUUCUCGGACAACAUCAUCAUAUUGGGCACGAGGACGUGGUCGCAGGAGGUGGACGUGGCCUCGCAGGACCCGGUCUCGGGCGACAAUCUGGCGUACACCGUGCACUUCUACGCCGCCUCGAUGGGCGCCGACCUCCGGGGCAAGGUCUCGACCGCCCUCGCCAACGGCGCCGCCAUCUUCGCCACCGAGUGGGGCACCUGCGAGUACACGGGCGACGGCCGCCUGGACCUGGAGGAGUCCCAGGCCUGGCAGGACUUCAUGGAGGAGCACCACAUCUCGGACUCGAACUGGGCCAUCAGCAACAAGGAGGAGUCGUGCUCCGCCCUGCGCGGCGGGGCCAGCGGCUCCGGCGGCUGGUCCGAGGCCGACCUGACGGAGUCCGGCAGCUGGGUGCGCAGCUCCAUCCGGGAGUACAACUCCGACGAGCCGCUGGCCGGCGCCGGCGCGGCGCGCCCGGCGGCCUCCGGGGGGCGGCUGGAGAGCGUCGUCAUGCAGAAGCACUCCAUGAUGCGCGGCCCCGUUCGCUUCCCGAGCGGCAGCGGCGGCGGCGGCAGGCACGCGGCCGCCUUGGCCGCGCUGGCGGCGGGUGCAGGCGGCGCCCUUGCGCUGGCGGCGUGGGUGGCGCGGACCCGGCGCGCGGCGGGGCCGGCGCGGUUCUUGGCCGUGGACAGGCAGCCUCAGGACAUCCCCAGCGGCUCCGACGCCCCGCCGCAGCUUCAAUGAGCAGCGGGCCUGGCUGCACCUGCGCCGAGUCGCGCAAAGGUGCAGUGCUGUAUAGUGUGGCCCUGCUGGGAGUAGUGGCCUCAGCAGCCGCUGACGUCCUGCACUAUGUACAGCAUCGCGCCAGGCCCGCAUUUCCAGCCUACGUGUCGAGCUCCGUGUCAACACGCUACGCGUUGCGUGUUGCGUAUCGGGGCAGCCAGGGCUGUAUAGUGUGGCCCCGCUGGGAGGAGUGGCUCCUUCGCAUCUUCGCGUGGCGGGCGGCUCUCCCGGCGGUUCGCGCUCUCCGGCCCCCUUUCCUUCCCAGUCUGCGCCACCACCUCGUAGCUUCAGGGUUCCAUAGGUAGUCAAUUCUUGGGCGGCCUUCGCUCAGCCGCCCUGGCAUGCAUGACAAUGUUCCGCUGUUUCAAUCAAAUUCGGUGCUGGACAGACGGGGGCGAAGGAUGACGGAAAGCGGCGAGUAGCUUCCGAAUGGCACUGUGGCCUCACGCCGCUCUCCACUUUCUGCUCACCAGGCUCCCUGACCUUAGUGUUAGCUGUUAGCCCACGAAUCGCGCCUCUUCCCGCCGGCACUCUGGGCAGGACCGGCUUGCCGCUUUCGAGGUUGCCCUGCCAGUAGUUGCCGCGCGGCGAUUCGUUGCUGGGCUCCCCGUCGUUCUCCGAUCCCUCCGCCCACCCCUCCGAUCGUUCUCCUCCCCACCCUCGCCCUCGCCCUCUCGCGCGUCCCUAGUGAGCGCAGCGCAUGCCGCAUACUGGCAGUAGCCGCAAACCGCCCUUCGCUGGCUCGUGGGCCAACGGAUGGGCCCGUAGCGGGCAGUCAAUGAUUGUUUGCACGUGCAAGGUCUAACCUCUCUUUUCCUCCACCUCACAAUGACCUCCCUCCCCCCUCUCCCCUCCAUCCCUUCCUCCCGCCCUCUUCCUGAUCAUCGGCGGCGGCGACCGCGCCGCGCCCUCCUCAACUGGUGCCGCAGCCUGGAGCCGGGUUGCGCUUCGCUUGCGCAUUGCCGCUGCAGCCAAUCCGCCGCACUCUUCGGGUUCCAUUCGGAGCCGCCAGGAGCAAGGUUGACGCCGAAAUCGUGCUCUCUCUCUCUCUCUCUCUUUGUUUCUCUCUCUCUCUCUCUAUCUCCUCUCUCUGUCGCUGGAGCAAGCUGUUUCGUAGGAGCUUGACCCAUCGGGCGGGCAGGACCGCCCCUUGUCGGCUUCUUCCCCGUUCGCCCCCUCCCAGCCGACCUCCUCCCGCGCAUAUCCUCCCACCCUGCUGUUGGCAGGGCCCGUCGCCGCCGCACUGGCAGCUGUCGAGGGCGUGACGAAUUCGUGAUUCCGUUCGCGUGAGUUCAACUCCUGGCCUCACUGCGCAUGGUCCUGAGAGUACGAGGAAGGCCAGAAGAGUUCGAUCCAGGUGUGAAACAAAGUGAUUGGCGU